GGGGAGGUCAAUGCUUCCGCCUGUCACUGAGUGAUGCAACGUGGGUUUGCGGCAGCAGGGCUCCCUCCGUGACCUCUUCAUGGCUAGUCCCUCGGGUCCGGCGGCGACGUCCUCUCUCCCGGCUUCUCCGAUCGGGGUACUGAAGGAUGUUUUCCGCCACGUCCGUUAUGAGAACCUGGCGGCCGGGCUGAGCGGCGGAGUCCUGUCCACUCUGGUCCUGCACCCGCUAGACUUGGUCAAGAUCCGGUUUGCAGUGAGCGAUGGGUUGGAGCUGCGACCCAAAUACAACGGGAUCUUCCAUUGCUUGGCCACGGUGUGGAAGCAUGAAGGGCUGCGCGGCCUGUACCAGGGGGUUACCCCCAAUAUGUGGGGCGCGGGGGCUUCCUGGGGCCUUUACUUCCUCUUCUAUAACGCCAUUAAAGCGUAUAAGAAGGAGGGGAGAGCCGAAAGUCUUACUGCAACCGAGCACCUGCUGUCUGCGGCAGGAGCAGGCGCCCUGACGUUGUGUUUGACAAACCCAAUCUGGGUUACCAAGACGCGUCUCGUCCUUCAGUACGAUGCGGGUACUGACCCGUCGAAGCGUCAGUACAGAGGGAUGCUUCAUGCGCUGGGCAAAAUUUACAGGCAAGAAGGCAUUCCUGGGCUGUACAAGGGCUUUGUGCCGGGCUUAUUAGGAACUUCCCACGGUGCCCUCCAGUUCAUGGCAUACGAAGAACUGAAAAUGAAGUACAACAAGUACCUCAACCGUCCAAAUGAAACAAAACUGAAUACGUUGGAAUAUAUAUCCACGGCAGCGCUCUCUAAAAUAUUUGCUGUUUCGGCUACAUACCCAUAUCAAGUAGUGCGAGCCCGGCUACAAGACCAACACAACCGCUACUCUGGAGUCGUAGACGUGAUUAGUAGGACGUGGAGGAAAGAAGGCGUUCACGGCUUCUACAAAGGAAUUGUUGCCAACAUACUCAGAGUGACUCCUGCGUGUUGUAUCACUUUUGUCGUGUUCGAGAACGUAUCACAUUUUCUACUCGGCUUCAGGAAACAAAAAGACUGAACUAGUGAUUUUUAAUAAAUGCAUCUUGGCAGCUAUGAAGUCAUCACGGAGUGCUGCCCCAAUCUGAAGAUGGAAGCAGAGAGGCCUCCUGCACGUGGAUGGAGAUCGCGUGACCUGUGAUUCUUUAUGGGCCGAUGGUUUAAAGGACUUUCCCAUACCAGAAAAAUGAUUCUGUUUUAUUUAUUACUGUUUAGUGUGCGGAGGCUUUAUAUUUCUGUUUGAGAGCUGAAUAGUAUUGUUCAGUUGGCUAAUUUGAGAUUUUGUUUUUAUACAACUUUGGUUGUUUAAUUACUAUGCCUAAUGUUGCUAAUAACUGGUAGCAACAAGCCUUGACAGAAAUAUACAUAUAUUUUACACUUCA